AGUUUCAAGCCAAGCCCAAACUCAUUGCGGCCAUGUUGGCUCUAUGACGCUUGCACGGCUUGCGUCGUGCACGUGGUUGGGGACGUCGAAUUUCAAGAACCUCGUGAGAGGCGAGACUCUUGAGAUGGCCCCUGUCGCCUAGUCGGAUGGUCAACGUCUGGAAGCCGUGCCGACGGUAAGCGAUGGACGGCCAUACGACACAGAACAGCGUGGAGCACGUCGCUGCUGCUACUGACAGCCCGCAGCAAGAGACCGCGCCACGCUUACAGCAAGAUAAUGGUGUCGACGUUGUCGUGGGCGCCGUCGAUGACAAAGUCGCGGACGCCGUCGACGACGGAGUCGCAGAUGCCGUUGACGACGUGGUCGCGGACACCGUCGACAACAGAGUCGCGGACGCCCUCGACGACGGAGUCGCAUAUGCCGUCGACGACGCGGUAGCGGACGCCGUCGACAACAGAGUCGCGGAUGCCCUCAACGACGGAGUCGCAGAUGCCGUCGACGACGCGGUCGCGGACACCGUCGACGAAAUCGCGGACGCCGUCGACGGAAUCGCGGAUGCCGUCGACGUGGUUAACUUCCUGGUGGACCAAGUGGUGAAUGGUGACGGCCAGUGGGGACCCGAAGGCGGCAGGGCCCAGCAGGCCGUGGUGUCGUCGUGCAGGCCCCGGUCGCUCUCCAGGGUGAGCCUCGUGCCGUACCGCAACCACAGCGACUCUUCGAGCUCGUCGAGCUCGUCCGAAGACGAAGCGGCCGGCAAUGCAGAUUCCAGCGACGAUUCGGACGACGCGGUGAGUGAGCCUCGGCCCUCGGCGAAGCGCAAGGGACCCCCCGGGAGGCUGCAGGGACGCCCGAGAACUGUCGGCCUGAAGACGCCGGGUGAGCUGGACAUCGACGAGUUGCCGCCUAUCGAAGAGCUCCACAUCACGGUACCGCAGGCUGAGCUCCGUCAGGCCGGCAUCGUGCACAGUGUCGUGGACAGGCUCCUGGUGAUCGAGAGCUGCGCGGGGCAGCCUGUGCUCGACCUCGACUCUGUGCUAUUCGUGUCCGGCGGCGCGCCGCUCGGCCAGAUCUUCGACGUCUUCGGGCCCGUAUCGCGGCCCUUCUACGUGGUGCGCUUCAACAGCGCGGAGGAGCUCGCCGGCCAAGGCCUGGCCCCAGGCACGGCCGUCUUCUACGCGCCGCUGCACGCCGACGUCACCCUGUACGUGCUCGAGUCCGAAGUGCGCAAGCUCCGCGGCUCGGACGCCUCGUGGGAGAACAACAACGAGCCGCCGCCGGAGUGCGUCGACUUCUCAGACGACGAGCAGGAGCGCCAAGUGCGGCGCAACCGCAAGCUCCGAGGCGACGGCCAGCUCGACCAGGGCGGCAGGCGGCCCCGAGAGCCCACCAAGCAGGCUGGCACCGACGGCAGGAGCCCGCAGCCGUGCCUGCCGGCCCGUGUGGCGAGGACCCAGCACCGCUUCCCGGCCGCCUGGCCCCCGUUCCCGCCGCCCCGCUGGCCCCCCGCGAGGCCUGCCUGGAGCAUGCCCCCGCCGCCGUACCCGAACAUCUGGGGGCCUCCUCCUCCCCCGGGGGCCUGGCCGGGGCCCUGGAAUAGCCCCCACGUCCCCCCGCCAGACCUGAGUAGUCCCCCGCCGCGCUUCCACGCCCCCCCGGAGGCGAUGGCCGUGCAGCGAACUCAGAUGUACGACCCUGUGCCAGACCUGCACCGCAUCCUGACGACGCCGCCACCGCCCCUGCUCUAAAGGUCUCGAAACCUACGCAAUAUGUUCCUGGCCCUGGCGAGAGUGUUUUCGGAUUGCGGCUUACGGAAGUGUCGCGUUCGUCGAUGCCAUGCAAGCAAGUUGCGAGCUCUCAUUUUCUGCUAGGACACUCAACGUGCUGUGGCUUCCGGAUCGACAGUCGAUGGAACAUGGGCAUUCAAUGGCUAAAGUGCCUGCAUGCACCACCACGAUCGGUAUGACUCGAAAUGUCACUUCAUGUGCCAGUACUAUUGGUGCGCUCCGUCGGAUGCUCGGUGAAGAUUAAACGUGCACCGCCAUC